GCAAAUAUUAAUAUCAACCUUAAUCCACAUUUUCGCUAUCUAGUAUUCUAGUCUACCAACCAACGGCCGACGGCGAUGGACGUUGCAGCUAUCAGUGCUGUCAGUGUGGCAACGCUGGCGGCGAUGAAGAGCAGCUCCGCCUGCUAUUGCAAGAGUAUCGCCAUGGAAAUCAGGUGGGCGAGAAAACCCAGAAGCAACUCUCAGAACCCGACAAGGACCGCGCUCAAUUCUAUAUCUCCCGUGGAAACAAGCGUUCCUCUCUACAUCUCUGCAAACCCAUCUCACGUCCAGCCCCAACAGCUCCGCCGCCUCUUCGCCCUUUGUAACCACUCCUGCCACCGUUUCCCCAAGUUAAUUCAACGUUCAGAAUAUGGAGAGGCCGCGGCAACGGCGGCCGUCGAAGAUGUCGAUGUGGAGAAGCUCGGAAUUGCUCUCUCUCAUAGCUCUGUGCUCGUAUCCGUCUUCUGCAAACCGCGGGAUGUUGGGAUUCGGGAUCAAGAAGAGGAAGAAAAAGGAGGAGAUGGUCUGAUGGGUUUGGGAGAUGUAUUGCAGAGGUUGAUCCCUCCGGCUCUGAUGAUCUCGCCCUCUAAUGGGCAGCUCGUAGGUUUUGGUCGAGCUGUUUCAGAUUCAGGAUUGACUGCAUCCAUCCAUGAUGUGGUGGUUGUCCCUCAGUUGCGAGGAAUGGGAAUUGGGAAGAUGAUCCUUCAGAAAAUCACAAGAAUACUGAUUAGCAGAGACAUUUAUGACAUUGCAGCCCUUUGCUCUGCCAAUGAAAGAUCGUUCUUCAAAGCUUGUGGGUUUGGAGAUGACAUUUUGGGAUCUACCACAAUGAUGUACACAAGGACUGCUCCAACCUGUGAUAAUGCUGGUGGAGAUUAUCAGGAUCACAUGGCGAAACGUGUAGGUAGAAAACUCUUGCUAAUUCCACCUCCCAGAGAGUUACCUUCUCUUAAGGUAACUGUUGGAGAAUCUGCAGAGGACUGAGCUUGUAUAGUUCAACUCCACAGCCAUUUGGGUAGAAUAUAGACUACAGCAGAGAUCCCAGUCCCAGGUUAGAAAUCGAUUGUUGUACUCUGGUCUAGUCUCUUAGCUCAAUAUAUUUACUCGUUUUCGCCAUGUGGGAUUCUGUCAAAAUCUCGACUUUAAGCUUAUGCUUUACUACCUUAUCCAUCUAUAAACUAAUUUAAUCUUUACAGUGUCCGAACAGAGAGUUUCGUGUCAUUGACAUGUUCUGUAUUCUCUUCUCUCUUUGCUUGUUUGUGGUGCACUUUCGACAGCCAAAAACGGGUUUGGCAUUUUGUCCUUUGAUUAGUGGUUUUGGCAUAAAAAUUUCAAUUUGUUCUUUCACCAAGUAAAGUAGUAAUGCAGACUACAGGGUUACAGAUAAUGCAUUGUUAUUCUCUUUUCCUUUCUCCUUGAACCCACUUUGUGAAAGUAGAAAUGUAAAGGCAAAAGUUCAGUUCUGUUGAUGAGCAUCUCUAUGUGCAUUCUUCCUCUCUGAUUCCUGCAAUGGGUGGUAAGAUAUGGGUAGAAGUAAGUCUCAUCUCUGCUCGAGGCGUUAAGCAUUCUUACUCCUUCUGGAAGAGGCAGUUGUAUCCUGCUGUUUGGAUUGUCCCCUCCCCUAUAACAAGUGCUGCACCAACAUUGCAAAAGAUGGCUCUGGAAAUGUAAACCCCACAUGGAAGAUCAAGUUUGCUGGAUGAUAUGAUUUCCAGGACAUGGCGCUAACUGUUGAAGUCUAUAGUCAAGAGCCCAUUUUCCUCAGCGAAAGCCUUUGAAGGGACCUUGACCAUCCUCCUAAAAGAGUCUCUGGCAAAGUACAGCAAUAAGAAGACCUCCUCCUCAUAUGGGUCUGAAGAAGUCGGGAGCAACCAGCUGUGCAAACGAAACUCUAACAAACCCCAGAGUUUGUUGAUGUUUCGAUCCAGAUCACAGACGAAAGAGAAGAACCUUGUUCAGGGUUCACACCUGGCUUCAGGUGGUGAGGGAGGAAUUAUAUACCCACCUUUCUUCAGAGUACAUAAACGGUCCGGCAUCUGCAGCAGUAACUAAAGGGGCAGCAAGACCGCUGGCCGCUGGAGUUGGAUGAGCUCUUGCUGCUGGUGCUGUGAUCUUCGGAGAUUAUAUCAUUUCUAGAUUUAGCAUCCCAACAAGCUUACAAAGAUCCUAGUCUUACAAUUUUUUACGGAUCCUAAUUUCUGAUAACUAUAAUGCAUAGCUGAAUGCUCAUUUUAUCAUGUAAUGAAGUAUACAAGAUGGGUUCAUCUUUUUUUCUCGGUCCCUCACAUUGUUGUGUGUGAGUUACAUUUUCCUUGUCAAACUAAAAUCAAUGGCAGCAUAGUGUUAUUACUUAUUACAGACAACAAAAUCAUGUCUGGAAGAGAGAGCAUGAAUUCUAGUGAGAAGGCUGCAGAGAAUGCGAUCUGGUGGCUGCUGCUGCUCUACCAGUUGCUUUUGGAACCUCUCAUAUCGCUCUUGUUCAUAGAGCUCAGCUGGGUCCUGGCCAGGUUCUUCUGGUUCUUGGAGCAGCUGGAGGUGUUGGCCUUUCUGCUGUCCAAAUUGGCAAAAUUCGUGGAGCUAUUGUUAUUGCUGUUGCUAGGGGAGAGGAGAAGAUUCAGCUUCUGAGGUCGAUGGGAGUUGAUCAUGUCGUGGACUCUACCAAAGAAGGUGUUACUGUGAGUGUCAAGAACUUCCUUAAGUCGAGGAAGCUAAAAGGGGUGGAUGUUCUAUAUGAUCCAGUUGGUGGGAAGCUUACGAAAGAGAGCUUGAAGCUUUUGAAUUGGGGUGCACAGAUUCUGGUUAUCGGUUUCGCCAGUGGUGAAAUACCCCUCAUUCCUGCCAACAUUGCUCUUGUCAAGAACUGGACUGUUCAUGGACUCUACUGGGGAAGCUACAAAAUACAUAGGCCACCUGUUCUUGAAGAUUCUCUCAAGGAACUACUUAGCUGGAUGGCAAGGGGACUCAUCACUAUCCACAUUUCUCAUACUUACAGCCUCUCAGAGGCCGGCCUUGCUUUUGCUGCAAUCAAAGAGAGAAAAGCCAUUGGGAAGGUGAUGAUUACCAUUGACGAUGCAAGCCAUUCAAGAUCAAAGCUUUGAAACAACAUCAACCAUGUUCCGAGCGCAUCCAGAAUCUUGUCAGCAGAAUAUAAUGAUCGAAAGGGCAACCAACCGCCAACUUCAUGCUCAAAGUUACUUGGAAGAGAAGUUAUCAGAUGUAAUGAUGCGAGUUGAAUAAAAAAUCGAAGUGAAUGAAUAAACCUUUCUGAACAGCGUAGAGCCGAACAGACACAGACUAGUUUGGAAGGAAGGAAGGAAGGAAAGAAAGAAAGAAAGAAAAAAAAGAGAUGGAUAAGAAGGAACUACCGGCCUGGGAACUUCUGACUGUUGGUUCUAUCUUUGGCAACAAUGUAUGAACUUGGAGCUGCUUUGUUCCCAUCAGUUGCAUGAAAAAUGCUCAUUGUUGUUAUCAAGUUGAUAUGGGUUUUGGUCAUGUUUGCUGAUAAUAUUGACCUCAGACUGGUCGUGUUCUCCCCCUGUUGGAGGGUUGACGGUCUGCAACGGACCGAACGGUUGAACCAGUUGAUCCUCGACGACCUGUCCGAUAUGAUCUGUGAACUGUGGUAUGCUAGCUGGUCUGGGUUCUACUGCAGUCUCUAAGGACAGUCAAUGUUCUUACAAAGUUCUUAACCCGCUCUUCAGAUUGCGGGGCAGUGACAAGGAUGCCAAAUGUGACAGUCGUGUUUGAGUCACGUUCAUGGUUCAAAAAGUUUCGUUUAACUUUAUGUUUAAACAUGUUUAGGCGCUAGACA